CACUGUUUAUCCCACGAACCAGUAGUCCUGCCUUCUUCACAUUGCCUGAUAACGUCGUCUCGACUCUCGAUUAGCGCGUGGAGAGGAAGAAAGCGAGGAAAAACCAUGGCAAUGGCGAGUCGAACUCUGCUUCUUUUGAAAGGAGCAAUACCCACGAACCAUCGCCGUCUCCUCUUCACCCGCAACUUCGUCGCCUUCUCGAACUCAAUCCCUCUUCUUCAUACCAAGCUCGACUCAGUAAUCAUCCGAAGCUGCUCGACCUCGAAAUCUCCCUCCUCCUCCUCCUCGCUCGAGCCUCCGGACCUGCCUCGCUUAGCUGAAACUGCCCGCAUUUCUCUCACCCCUCAAGAGAUUGAGGAGUUCACUCCGAAGAUUCGACAAGUGGUGGAUUGGUUUGGACAGCUUCAAGAUGUGGAACUUCAAAGCGUCGAGCCCGCGUUAAGAGCAGAUACGGAUGGCGAUCAAUUGCGUGAGGAUGUUCCUGAAACGUUUCAUAACAGGGAGGCCUUGAUAUCUUCUGUUCCAAGCUAUGAGGAGCCAUUUAUUAAGGUCCCCAAAGUUUUGAACAAGGAGUCAGAGUAACCUCAUCCGCCUCUAGGGCUGGCAUUGGCGUCCUAGAAAUUGCUCCUGUCUAUGAUCGAUUCUACCUAUGAUGCAUGCUUUAGCAUCACCCAGUUGACGGCAGUAUUCCAUUCCACCUUUUAGACAUAUUAGCGCCAGAGGAGUAAGCUAAGAUUUUUCAACAUGGAGGCAAGAUAUGAGUCCUUAAAAGGGUAGAUUCUUGUUUGGAAUCUCAUAAUUGUUCAGCUUUAUUUGUUAGUACUUAAGGAAGUAGAACAUGAAACUGGCAGUCUUAAUCAUUGUCUUGGAAAGAGCUUAUUGGACUUUUCCAAGUCAAUCACUGAAUAGAUGACAUGUUUGAUCUGUCAUUGCUAUAGUGGCCAGUGGUAUGUAGCAACUAUGGCGUAAGCCCGACGCCUACAAGGUGGUAUGAUAUCUCACUUCGCAUUUCAAAGAAUCAAGAAGGCCCUACUUUGGCACAUUCCUAAC